GAAAUUGAACAGAACAUAAGAAAAACGUCUGUCUGUGUGCGUCUAGUUGUCAAAGUCAAAAAUAUUGUUUACGUUUCAAGGACGUUGUUUUUGUUAUCAUCAAUUUGUCACGUAUCCAAUUUGAUAUUUUUACGAAAUUACGACGUAAUUACGAAUCUACUGAUUAUUCAACAUUUGUGAUAGUAGUGUACCAUUAAAACCAGCAAAAUGACUAUGCACGUUCAACCAUAUAGAACCAAUGAAGUCGACUUCAACCCUCAUUGGAUUGAGAAAAUACUUCUGAAAUUAGCGGAUGCAUUUAAUAUUCGGAUUGUAUGGGAUGGGGAGACAGCCUUCCUUACCGGAGCCUUCGCUGUGGCUGGUGGACUAUUCGGAGGCUAUGCUGGCGGCAGAGUAGGAGCUGCACUCGGUGCUGGGAUUGGAGGCGCAGCAGGACUCGGAGUAUCAACAUUGGUGUCGCUCAGAGAAAUCUGGGAGACUGUAAAAGAGAAACUAAAGGAACUACUCUACAUAGUAUUCAACUAUCUGAGACGUCUAGACCCUGUGGAUUACGUAAGAGCCUUCGACAUCCUGAUGGCAUGCAUGGCCAGCCGACGGGAACUGGUGUUGACGAUUUUAGACUUUAUCGCUCACAAAUUAGGGAAGGAAGUGCUUUCCAACAUCGCUAUAGCAUAGUGCUAUAGUUGGGUUUGAAAUUGUCAUAUCUUAUGAGCGAAAUUUAUUGUUGCAAUGAAUUUUGCAUUUUUUUUAUAUUGCUCACAAGUGACUUUUAGUGCUGGAAGUAUUAUAUAAUAUGACAUAUCUUUAAGAUAUUGUUAAUUAGAUAAGGAAGUAGGUUUAUAAAUUACAUACAAUUGAUUCUGUACUGGAAUAACUAUAGUUUUAGACAUGACAUUCUUACUUACUUCUUACUUCCCUCGAGGACUGUUUUCCGCAGUUAGGACAUAGACAUGACAUUAAAAAUGUUUUAAAAAUAGAAUAGAUGCUCAGUCACUAAAAUUUUAGUAAAAGCAAAAUUGAGGCAAAUCGAGUUUUUGUCUAGCUUUAAAAAAAUUUGUAGCUUUCCUUUCAUCGAGUGCUAACACUGGUGUUAGAUUUUUACGACGCUACGAAGAAUAAUUCAAUUCGCCUAAAGGCAUCUGACAUGACUUGCGAGUAUUGCCAUCUAGUAGCAAUAGACGCAUACACACGAGUGAAGUUAAUAGCCUAUGACUUCUUUUUCACUGGAAAAAGAGAACUUUUGUUGUAUUAUUGUCAAAUAAAAUUUUUGGGCACAAAGAAAGUAUUAAAAUACGAAAAUAUUCGUAGUAAGUAGGUUGUGUUGCACGGUUUGUGUGCCUUCUAGUGUAGAAAUCAAUAUUUGUGUUCGAGUUGUGAUUUAGGUAAUCUGGCUUCCGCCUGUAAUACCGUGUUUUGAUUGAUAUUUUAUUAUUUUUUGAGGGCGAAAUGUGGUUUUGCAUUUCACAUCACGCUGUCGAAUCGAUUCGCAUUGAGACGCAGUUAACCAUUCACAUUGCGGUGUGGUUGUCGUCGCGUCCCAUCGGCGUCUGCAGUCUGUCAAAAAAGUUAAGAAAAUAAAUCGCUCGCUGUUUCCUGUUGGCUGGCAACACUAUGGUUAUCAACCAAUCUUGACAAUUCUAUUUGCUAUUGCAAUGGUAAAAAAAAUUUAGUUCGUUAAAAAUCUAUUUUUUUUAGUUACCUAUGUCUCACUUCAAUGUGAUAUUUGAGAUCAUCCUCAGAUUAAAUAUCUGAGCUCAUAACCUCUCUAUUGGGUCAUAUUGAUAAUAAUUGAAAUAUUAUGUAUUAUUAAUGACUUUGAAGUUUCUUCGCUCUUCACAAUAUGUAUUUUAAUUUUGAUAAAUAUAAAAGUCCGCACCACGAAAAAAGUUCCGCAGACGUGGCGCUACUGUCGCUGGAAACAACAACGUGAACCAUCUGUUAUUUAUAGUUCCUCAUAUUGCCACUGGUAGUUCUUUCGUGGCAAGGUCUGUAAUAAUAAUCUCUAUGAUAAAAAUGAGCAAAUGAAACGUCUUUGCGACUUACCUCCAUAAGGUAGCUUUUUUCGUGGAACGUACAUUUGAUGACACGAUAUUAUGUAAGACUCUUGUCUCAUAAUUUCAGAAUUACAAUAUUGUUACAUAUCAAUUGUAUUUAGACAUAACACUUAGUGCUCAAUAUUAUCGGUUUUUCAGGGUGCAAUAAAUAUUUUUUGUAAAA